UUUCAUUGAAACCCAAAUCCAAACCAACGCAACAAACACGCCAAGGAUUCACACACACAUUUUUGCAAAUCCAAAAUCUAAUACUUAUAAAUCUUCCCAACAACAACAUUAAGAAAUAAACCCAAAUUAAAUUAAAAAAUAAAUAAAAUGGAAGCCAACAACAAUGGUACCAAAAAAUCGAUUGAUGAAGAAGAGAUACAACAACAACCACUACCAGUGGAAGAAAAACCAGCCGCCAAACAACAAGACAACGUUGGCAGUGGUGGAUGGGGAUGGGGUGGUUUUUCAGCCUUUUCUGUUUUAUCAGAUCUUCAAAAAGCUGCUGAAGAAAUCACUCGCAAUGCUGCCGAGGUAGCAAAGACUGCUGCAAAUAGUAUCUCUGAGUUGCAACACGAGCUUGAAGACUCGGAAUCUUCAAAGGAGGACCGCACUGAUGCUUCUGAUAAAGAUCAAGAAAGUGAAGAUGAAGAUGAUAAGAAGCGGAAGGCUGCUCUUGAAAGACUCGAGAAAGCUAGCGAGGACACAUUCCUUGGCCAGGGUAUAAAGGCUAUCGAUACUUCUGUGGAGAAUUUUGCUACUGGAGCUUGGCAAGCAUUAGGGAAUGCCUGGAAAGAGGGUUCUAGUUUCGUUCAUAAGCUAGAGGAAUCUAUACAACAAGGUGGCAUACCUGCACCUGGUUCUGUUCUAGAGAGCGGGAGAGCUUUAACUGCUAAGGGAAUCCAAGUACUUGAGUAUGUUGGAAAAGAAACUGUUGAUCUUUUAAUCAAUGAAUCUGGCAUGGAGGUUGACAAAAAUACUGGAGAAAGUGGACACGAAGCGGAUCAACUGUUGGAGGAGGUCACAUUUGACCGAUGCUUUUACAUUUAUGGAGGUCCUGAACAGCUGGAGGAACUUGAAGCAUUAUCAAACCAUUAUGCCCUGUUAUUUAAUCGAAGAAAAGCAAAGCUAUCAACAGAAGACAAAUCUGAAUACGAUGUAAAGCUUAAAGAGGUCCAACAAAUGCUAAGUUUAGACACUGCAAGUGAAUUAGAAAAGGGAAAGAAUGUAGAGAAUGUAUCUGAUAGCACUGAUGAUGAGAUCAAGAGCUUUCAUAGCUCAAGUGUCAGCAAGGCUGCCGAAAUGGCUGCAGGCUUUGCAAACGCCCUAGCUGGACUGUCCCCAAGUGAUAUUGUUCAAAGAACUGGUGGCAGACUAGAUUCUCUUCACUCUGAGGGUGUUCAUAGACUUUCGGAAAUGUGCUGCAUUGCUGUUUCUCAACUUCUGGCGCUUGGAAAGUCAGUUAUAAAUAAUGCAAACAAAUCCCAAGAUGCUGCUGAUGAUGAGGAUAUUAUUAAAAUUGAAUGGCCAGAGGAUUCAGUUGAAAAAGCAAAAACAAUCAGGAUGAAAACACAAUCAAUGACUGGAUAUUUGGAGGCAGUUGCCAUCAGUUUCGUGACAGGAAUAUCCGAUGUAGCAGAAGCUUAUGCAGCAGCUAUAAAAUCUGCUACUGCUGACUCACCUGAAGUUGUAACAGAGAAAUCAGUUCAAGAUAAAGUGAUUUCAUUUUCUGAUGAUCUACGUGUUAAUCGGACCACUGCUGUGGGUAAAAUCCAGGAUGGCCUUCAUUUCUUGGCAUAUGUCGUUCUUUCGACUUCAAUGCCUUCUGCCUAGGUAAAACUGGAUUCUAGACUAUUUGGUGUUGUAUAUAGUUGUUGCUUUUAGUUUGGGAUUGCAAAUUCACCUUAUUAUGAUCUAUACUUGAAUCUGUACUUUUGCUAGUAACCUUGAAGACGAUCCCUUUUAAAUCGUUCUUCUCAUUUGACUUGCAAGUUGUAUACCAUCUCUAGAAUCUAUACAAUUCUUUUUCUUUUUUUAAUAAACUGCAUACUUUGAUGAGGUUAGUUUCAUGGAAA